ACAUGGCGGAAAUUCAGAUUUGUCAACGUGGGGAGGAAGAAAGGCGCUGCGUUCAGAAUGAAGCAAUGUGAGUUAGGGAAUGAAGUGGCAGGGAUGGCGGACCAAAAGUUAACGGUACUCUUCAAACUUUCAGCAGCGGUUUUUUAUGGAAUCAGCUCUUUCCUUAUAGUUGUAGUGAACAAGAGCGUUCUCACUAAUUACAGGUUCCCCUCUUCAAUAUGUGUUGGCAUUGGGCAGAUGCUGGCAACGGUUGUUGUGUUACGGGUGGGAAAGGCCCUCCGAGUGAUCACCUUCCCUGAGUUUGAUGGUAGCAUACCAAAAAAGACGUUUCCGCUACCUCUUCUAUAUGUGGGAAAUCAAAUAACAGGACUCUUUGGAACAAAAAGACUUAAUCUGCCAAUGUUUACAGUAUUGAGGAGGUUUUCUAUUCUCUUUACAAUGGUGGCGGAGGUUAUCUUGUUAAAGAAGAAAUUCUCUCGACCAGUUCAGCUGACAGUAUUUACUAUGAUUUUAGGGGCCUUUGUAGCUGCAAGUGCUGACUUGGCAUUUGACCUGCAAGGGUACAUGUUCAUUUUAAUGAACGAUGUCUUAACUGCUGCCAAUGGAGCUUUUGUGAAACAGAAACUUGACUCUAAGGAGCUUGGGAAGUAUGGCCUGCUCUAUUACAAUGCUUUAUUUAUGAUACUCCCAACUCUGCUUUUAGCACACAUCACUGGAGAUAUUGACAAGGCUUUCGAUUAUGAAGGCUGGUCAGAUGUGUUUUUUAUGAGUCAAUUUAUUCUCUCUUGUAUAAUGGGGUUCAUUUUAAUGUACUCCACUGUACUUUGCACUCAGUAUAACUCUGCGCUAACUACUACCAUUGUCGGCUGCUUAAAGAAUAUAUUAGUGACAUAUAUUGGAAUGGUGUUUGGUGGAGAUUACAUUUUCUCAUGGACUAACUUCAUUGGUCUGAACAUCAGUAUUGCUGGCAGUCUGGUGUAUUCCUACAUUACCUUCACAGAAGAGCAGACCAACAAACAGAGUGAGAAUGCAAACAAGCUAGAGGUCAAAGGGAAAGUGGCUGUAUGACCAAUGGUUGGAUGCUGCGAAGUUUUUUUGUAUUUCUUGCCAGAGAAAGUAGGCAGAAGUCACUCCUAGGAUUUUUUGGUUUGUUUUUGUGAUAUGAAGAAGA